UCUUUAGUCAACUUCUACCGGUCGUCAUUAUGUAGUCCACUUGGGGUUAAUUACCCUAUAUUAUCGUCAUCCUUACGACCUUCGGACCUUGUCGUUCUAGUAACGUACACUUCCCAUGGGAAGUUUCUCCACCUGAAAUCAGGACUAUAAAAGUUGUUUUCUCUGUCAGUACUCGAUUUUCCUUUGAUGCACUUCUUGUCGCGCUGUGUUCCUCAGUAUCUACGAAUUCUAAUCAUUCUUAAAAUUUAUUGAAAUUUAUUCUCUGGGAAUUUAAAACCCCUAAAAUUCAGUAUAGGAUAUUAGGAUGCCCAAAGUUAAAACUGUCAUCUCACUUUAUUCACAGUGUAUUAACCGUGUUAAGAGCCAUUUAAAAGUGUUCGAUAUUCCCGUUGAUGAUAAGCUUCUAAUAACAUGGAGGGGCAGUCCAUGGGACCGAGAAAAAACCGAAAGCGAGUCCGACAUGAAUCCUUUUGAAACUAUGCCCGCGGUCCUGUUGGAUGCUAUCAUCCAGUCUCUUUGUAGUAGCCAAACUAAGAAUACGACCGUGAAGCAUCAUAUCAACAUCAAGAAUUGCAUUACAACCAAACUUCAAAAGUUGAUUGCUCCUAGUUAUCCAUAUGACUAUGAGCAAUUCUCAAAUUUCUUCCCCAAACUUGAAAAACUGCAAGUGUUAGCCUUGUGUUAUUCGAAUAUUGACGAUUCUUGUUUAAAAAUCAUAGCGACAUGCUGUAAAAAUUUGAGGAUAUUGGAUAUUAGCAAAUGCAAUAAGUUGACGGACACUGGCAUUAAAUGGUUAGUUCCCAUAACAGCCGAACUGAGCAAGACCCUUCUUGAAUUGAUGAUGAGCUGUGAUGCUGUAACCAAAAGAGGAAUAAUCUUUGCUUUACAGAACUGUCCAUUCUUGGAGUUUGUCGAGAACAUCAACAUGUUCGAUGCGUUAGUGGAAGUGGCUCGGUCAUCGGCGUUAGUUCAAUCAAUCAUUUUAAAUACUAAUAUCACUCGUCUAACCCUUCGCCCUGCUGAAGUUUAUUUAAGCGGUCAACUUGAGUUAGUGGUGCGUUUUUGCCCUUCGGUUUUCUAUAUGAUCAUUGUUGUUAAGGAAGGGUUAACCGACGCUGAUCCGUUUUGCUUAACGAGUUUGAAGAACCUACAGAUACUCAAAAUUUUACGUCACAGCAGCUCAACUCUUAACGAAAUAACCUUUGACAAGAGCUUGGCUCCGGUGCUAAAGGUAAUCGGAAAUUCGUUAAAGGUCCUUUACCUUGACUACUUUGAAUUCAUUGAUAUUUGGACUGUUGUCAAAUUUUGUCCCAAUUUAAUGUCCCUGAGCAUGAGAAAUCAAUGCCAAAGUUUAAGUGCCUUGUCUGAAAACGAAAUCAUUCAAUUGCGUCAUGAAAAAGGGCGUGGUUAUUUUCAAGAUAUGAAGAUUCUGGGGGGUGGCUUCAACCUCUCAAAUGACGUUCUCUUUGGUUUGUUAUCUUGUCCUUUACUAGAGAGAGUUUGGAUAACACAUUGUGACGCGCUCACUGACGAUUUUUUACGAGAAGUUAUUGCAAAUGGCUCAUUAAAAAAUCUGAAGAUACUCAGUCUAAAUUUCUGUUAUUUAGUGACUAAGCAGGGAUUAGAUGCACUGGUGAUGAAUGACAAUCGCCUUGAACAACUAAGCUUCCAUUAUUGUCUGAACAUAACCCAACAAAAUGUUUGCGAUUGGAACGAAUUUGCUCGUUGUCGAAAUUGGGAAUUGCGUAUAGAAUUCAGCGGAAGUUAGGGUUUAAGAAUAUUUUCAUUGAAAUGAUAUUACUUACUUACCAAACACAAAUUAGUGAUGAUUUCGACAAGAUUUAGAGGGUGCCGAUACUGAAAUUAUAUAGCUCAUAU